AUGUCCACGUCCAUGUCCACGUCCACGUCCAUGUCCACGUCCAUGUCCACGUCCAUGUCCAUGUCCACGUCCAUGUCCACGUCCAUGUCCACGUCCAUGUCCACGUCCAUGUCCACGUCCACGUCCAUGUCCACGUCCACGUCCAUGUCCACGUCCACGUCCACGUCCACGUCCACGUCCACGUCCACGUCCACGUCCAUGUCCACGUCCACGUCCACGUCCAUGUCCACGUCCAUGUCCACGUCCACGUCCAUGUCCACGUCCACGUCCACGUCCAUGUCCACGUCCACGUCCACGUCCACGUCCAUGUCCACGUCCAUGUCCAUGUCCACGUCCAUGUCCACGUCCACGUCCACGUCCACGUCCACGUCCACGUCCACGUCCACGUCCAUGUCCACGUCCAUGUCCACGUCCAUGUCCAUGUCCACGUCCAUGUCCAUGUCCACGUCCACGUCCAUGUCCAUGUCCACGUCCAUGUCCACGUCCAUGUCCAUGUCCACGUCCAUGUCCACGUCCAUGUCCACGUCCAUGUCCACGUCCAUGUCCACGUCCACGUCCACGUCCACGUCCAUGUCCACGUCCAUGUCCACGUCCAUGUCCACGUCCACGUCCACGUCCACGUCCAUGUCCACGUCCAUGUCCACGUCCACGUCCACGUCCAUGUCCAUGUCCACGUCCAUGUCCACGUCCAUGUCCACGUCCAUGUCCACGUCCACGUCCAUGUCCAUGUCCACGUCCAUGUCCAUGUCCAUGUCCACGUCCACGUCCACGUCCAUGUCCACGUCCAUGUCCAUGUCCACGUCCAUGUCCACGUCCACGUCCACGUCCACGUCCACGUCCACGUCCACGUCCACGUCCACGUCCACGUCCAUGUCCACGUCCAUGUCCACGUCCAUGUCCAUGUCCACGUCCAUGUCCAUGUCCACGUCCACGUCCAUGUCCAUGUCCACGUCCAUGUCCACGUCCAUGUCCAUGUCCACGUCCAUGUCCACGUCCAUGUCCACGUCCAUGUCCACGUCCAUGUCCACGUCCACGUCCACGUCCACGUCCAUGUCCACGUCCAUGUCCACGUCCAUGUCCACGUCCACGUCCACGUCCACGUCCAUGUCCACGUCCAUGUCCACGUCCACGUCCACGUCCAUGUCCAUGUCCAUGUCCACGUCCAUGUCCACGUCCACGUCCAUGUCCAUGUCCACGUCCAUGUCCACGUCCACGUCCACGUCCACGUCCAUGUCCACGUCCACGUCCAUGUCCACGUCCAUGUCCACGUCCAUGUCCACGUCCAUGUCCACGUCCAUGUCCACGUCCACGUCCAUGUCCACGUCCAUGUCCACGUCCAUGUCCACGUCCAUGUCCACGUCCACGUCCACGUCCAUGUCCACGUCCAUGUCCACGUCCACGUCCACGUCCAUGUCCAUGUCCACGUCCACGUCCACGUCCACGUCCAUGUCCACGUCCACGUCCAUGUCCACGUCCAUGUCCACGUCCAUGUCCAUGUCCACGUCCAUGUCCACGUCCAUGUCCACGUCCAUGUCCACGUCCAUGUCCACGUCCACGUCCACGUCCACGUCCAUGUCCACGUCCACGUCCACGUCCACGUCCACGUCCACGUCCACGUCCACGUCCACGUCCAUGUCCAUGUCCACGUCCACGUCCACGUCCAUGUCCACGUCCAUGUCCACGUCCACGUCCAUGUCCACGUCCAUGUCCACGUCCAUGUCCACGUCCAGUCCACUCAUGUCCACGUCCAUGUCCACGUCUAUGUCCAUGUCCACGUCCCAUUCCCUGUCCACGUCCACGUCCAUGUUCCCUGUCCACGUCCCAUGGUCCACGUCCACAGUCCCCGUCCAUGUCCACUCCACGUUUUCCACGUCCAGUCCAUUUGUCCACGUCCAUGUCUAG